CGCGUGCCCGGCCCCGCCUGCCCGUGCCGGCCGCCAGCCCGCCAUGCCCGGCUUCGACUACAAGUUCCUGGAGAAGCCCAAGCGGCGGCUGCUGUGCCCGCUGUGCGGGAAGCCCAUGCGCGAGCCUGUGCAGGUGUCUACUUGCGGCCACCGCUUCUGCGACACCUGCCUGCAGGAGUUCCUCAGUGAAGGAGUCUUCAAAUGCCCCGAGGACCAGCUUCCUCUGGACUAUGCCAAGAUCUACCCAGACCCGGAGCUGGAGGUCCAGGUGUUAGGCUUGCCUAUACGCUGCAUCCACAGUGAGGAGGGCUGCCGCUGGAGCGGGCCGCUUCGCCAUCUGCAGGGCCACUUGAACACUUGCAGCUUCAAUGUGGUCCCCUGCCCGAAUCGCUGCCCAGCCAAGCUGAGCCGGCGCGAUCUGCCUGCCCACCUGCAGCACGACUGCCCUAAGCGCCGCCUCAAGUGUGAAUUCUGUGGCUGUGACUUCAGUGGGGAGGCCUAUGAGAGUCACGAGGGCAUGUGCCCCCAAGAGAGUGUGUACUGUGAGAACAAGUGUGGCGCCCGCAUGAUGAGGCGCCUGUUGGCCCAGCACGCCACUACUGAGUGCCCCAAGCGCACCCAGCCUUGUGCCUACUGCACCAAGGAGUUUGUUUUUGACACCAUCCAGAGCCACCAGUACCAGUGCCCACGGCUGCCCGUUCCCUGCCCCAACCAGUGUGGUGUGGGCACUGUGGCUCGGGAGGACCUGCCCAGCCACCUGAAGGACAGCUGCAGCACUGCCUUGGUGCUCUGCCCCUUUAAAGAGUCUGGCUGCAAGCACAGGUGCCCUAAACUGGCGAUGGCACGUCAUGUGGAGGAGAGUGUCAAGCCACACCUGGCGAUGAUGUGUGCCCUGGUGAGCCGGCAACGGCAAGAGCUUCAGGAGCUGAGGAGGGAGCUGGAGGAGCUGUCCAUAGGCAGUGAUGGCGUGCUCAUCUGGAAGAUUGGCAGCUAUGGGCGGCGUCUGCAGGAGGCCAAGGCCAAGCCUAACCUGGAGUGCUUCAGCCCGGCCUUCUACACACACAAGUACGGCUACAAGCUGCAGGUGUCCGCGUUCCUCAACGGUAACGGCAGCGGUGAGGGCACUCACCUCUCCAUUUACAUCCGCGUGUUGCCGGGCGCCUUUGACAAUCUCCUCGAGUGGCCCUUUGCCCGUCGGGUCACCUUCUCCCUGCUGGAUCAGAGCGACCCAGGCCUAGCUAAGCCGCAGCAUGUCACUGAGACCUUCCACCCUGAUCCAAACUGGAAGAACUUCCAGAAGCCCGGCACUUGGCGAGGCUCCCUGGAUGAGAGCUCUCUGGGCUUUGGCUACCCCAAAUUCAUCUCCCACCAGGACAUCCGGAAGCGGAAUUACGUGCGGGAUGACGCAGUCUUCAUCCGUGCCUCUGUGGAACUGCCCCGGAAGAUCCUCAGCUGAGAGUAGAGCCUUUUGGGCUCACGUGGGAAGGGGGGGAGGCAGGACAGGAUCUAAGACACUGGCUGAAACUGGACUGGGGGCCGGACCCCCUUCCGGCUUCUUUUGCCUAAUUGCUAUCCCACUCGCUCCCUACCACCAC